GCCCGGUUGACUGACGGCCCGGCCCCGCCUUCCAGAUAAGGGAUGGCGGGCUGGGAGGGGCGGGGGACGAAGUUCUACACGGAAAUGCCUCAGACCUGCAUUGCUACAAUGAAGCACAUCAACUUGUCGUUUGCAGCGUGUGGGUUUCUGGGCAUUUACCACUUGGGGGCAGCAUCCGCACUUUACAAACACGGCCAAAAACUCCUGAAGAAUGUCAAGGCCUUUGCCGGGGCUUCUGCGGGAUCCUUGGUUGCUUCUGUCCUGCUAACGGCGCCACAAAAAAUAGAGGAAUGUAACGAGUUUACCUACAGUUUUGCCGAAGAAACCCGAAGGCAGACUUUCGGGGCAGUGACACCCGGCUAUGACUUCAUGGCCCGAUUGAGGAGCGGAGUGGAGGCGAUUCUCCCUCCCAACGCGCACGAGCUGGCUCACAACCGCCUGCACGUCUCCAUCACCAACACCAAGACCAGAGAAAACUACUUAGUCUCCAGUUUUCCCUCCCGGGAGGACCUCGUUAAGGUCCUGUUAGCCAGCAGCUUUGUGCCUAUUUACGCAGGACUAAAACCAGUGGAAUACAAAGGGCAGAAAUGGGUAGACGGAUGCUUUACCAACAGCCUGCCCCUCCUGCCUGUAGGCCGGACAGUGACCGUCUCAGCAUUCAGCGGGAGAGUGGACAUCUCCCCGCAGGACGAAGGGCAGCUGGAUUUCUAUGUGACCAUAGCCAAGCAGCACAUACUGAUCCUGAGCUACGUUUCAGAAGCAGACCCAGGACCUGCCCUCCCAGCAAUUGCCAUUCAGCGGGUGAGAACACUGCGUUCAGAAGCAGACAGCACUGAAGCACUGGGCUUGGGGGUCAUUUCCAACAGCAACGUCAUCAACAAAAGACACAUAAAUGUGAAAAGCGUGGCACUAAGUAGUCCACAGAAGGGACACUUGUUGACAGCCUGAAAGCUGCAACCAGAGGCACUGCUGCCCUGUCCAACCCCAGCUGAGCACGUCUGUGAAUGACCCCAAAAGUACCUGGAGCGUUCAUUUAAUGGUUAAAAAUAGAUCAUAGUGGCACCGAUGAACUUGCCAACAGGGGACCUGCGAAUAACGAGGAGGGACUGCAUCCUUCUAAGUGGUGUCCGUGAAUCAUUUAGACUUUUCCAGGUAUUGUAAUCACAAUAAUACAAUUCAAGUACCUUUCCGGGGCCUGUGAGGACCCCAGAGAUUUUCCUUCUGCAGAAGAUUUUCCUUUCCCCGCUCCUCCUUUGUUUCUCCGAGACUCCCUCUCACUCGUCCCUGCUGUGCUGCCCUUACCCGGACCCCUUUCAUCACAGGUCUCAGCUUCAAGGCCACUUUAUCAAAGAAUUCCGAUACUUCAAGGUCGUGGUUCCCCUCAGCCUCUCCACCUCGCUGUGUCCUGCACUUUUCUUUAUCAGAAGCACUUUUAUUUAUUUGCUAGUGUGUUAUCUACACCUGUCAGAAUAUAAAAUCCCUGCCAGCAGGAUCCCUGUAAACCCCCCGCUGGAUUUAUACCACAGAGGCCAGCGUCCCUGGCACACGGCAGGUCCCAACAUACAAGUGUUGAAUGAAUAACCUGCAAAGUACUCCUGGGUGCCACUUUCUGGUACUAAUUUAGGUGUCUGUCCCCAUUUUCCCUAUAAUAAUGUAAGCUCCUGGCCAGCGGAAAUGACUUAGGUUCUCGUUUCACGCAAAGAUGUUUACACUGAAUCUCCUUUCCCUACUGAGUCAUCUGUGGUGAGCGGGAUAUGGGUGGCCACAAAGCCACACGUCUGAAUAGCUUUUGUGCAUUAUAAGCUAAAAAUAAACUCAUUGAAUA